GAAGCUGCUGUCGUAUGCUUGCUGAUAUAUCGCUGUUUGGGUGCAGGAGACGGUAGUGGAGGUGACUACCGUCAGAGAAGAGAGGAUCCCGGGAAACUCUGAGGGACUACUUGUCGGUUUUCUCCUUCAAAGCUGCGCCUCUUCAGCGGUGCAAACGUUGGGUGGGCGGCGGAGAGGGUAAAGUUUGGAGAGAGCGAGAGUUCCUUUCUGCUACCAUAUACAUCCCGUGCAGCUAGGCAGCAGCAGCUGUGUGUGUCGUAUUUUGUCUAGUCGAGAGGUGAGCGCGUGGGUCAGCAGCAGCAGCAGCAGCAGCAGCAGCAGCAGCAGCAGCUAGGAAGCCACCUUCGCCGCGACAUGGAGCCUCCAGAAGGGAAUAGCGACGUUGACGUGGAGUGGCUGGACGGCCCUCUUCCAAACAAAGCGGGCGUCGCCGGGAGCGGCGCCGACAAUGAUGAUGGUGCGAAGAAAGCCGAAACCACUGCGCCAUGCCACGUUGCCAGCUACAGACGCAUGACGAGCAGCAGCAGUGUGUUCAACGGCGCCUCGCGGCACGUCCACCUCGUCGAAGGCUGCGCCGGUGGUGGGAUCCUGGACCACCGGUAUCAAGAGGGGGUGGUGGGUAGCAGUAGUGCGGCGGCGGCGACGGGCGGGACAUCUCGCCGCGUGCCCCUAGAAGAUAGGGGGUUCGAGUCAUCAACAUCAGCGGGAUCAUCAACCAGCAUUGACGCUAUGCCAGCUGCUGCUGGUCAUAGCGGGCCAAGCAAGGCAGCGGGCGGCUUCCUGUGCUACGAGUGCGGCCUGGCCUUCCACAGCGUGAAGGAGCUGCAGCUGCACAUGGUCAGGAAGACGGCUUGGUCGAACCAGGGCCUGGUCGGCAGCCGGGUCAGCUGCUUGGUGGACAACCGGGAAUGGCACGAAGGUCUUGUUACCCAGUACCACAAGUCGGGCAAGCACUGCGUGGAGUACCGGAGAUCGGGGGAGAAGCGCUGGGUGAACAUGCUCAAGUCGGCGUUCUACAUCGUCGAGCGCGCUCAGCCCACGGGCGGCGAGGUCAAGGAGAUGGAGUCAGACCCUACCGAGGGACUAGCACCGAUAGAGAAGUGGCACUACGAGGAGGACAUUUCGCCGGAGUUCUGCAUGGCGCUGUCGCUGCUGCACCGGGCCUACGGCUGCCGCGUCCAGGAGACGGGCCACAGGACGGUGGGGCAUACGUGUGUCACCGACAGGGAUAAGGUUGCGGCUAGAGAGGUCAAGGGAUCUCUGCUGUACGGCGAGCUUCUCCCCAGGGGUGUUAACAAGGCCAUGGGCCCGAGACAUCUCAACGCCGCGAAGGCCAGCACCAUCUACGACCUGGGCAUGGGCACCGGCAAGGUGGCGAUGCAGGUGUUCUUGCAGUUCCCCAACUUGACACGGGUGUACGGGAUCGAGCUUUCCCAAGCCCGCUUCGAGCUCGGGGAGGCGGCCCUGUUUGCGCUGAUGGAGUUGCAGCCCGGAGCGUACGCGAUAAAGAAGCACAUCCCGGGACAGUUUAUUUCGAUCGAGACGCUCGACCAAGACCACAAGCAGCAGCAGCUCUCUCUUGCUGAGGGCGACGGUUGGCGGGAAGGGGGGGCGGGGUGGGAGCACUUGUGCCGGGGCCCUCCGGGGAGAACGUUGGAGUUUGCGUGCGGAAAUUUGUUCGACGUGACCCACCUUGCGCAGGCGGACCUGGUGCUGUUGGAGACCGACGUUUCGUCGGACAUACACCCACAGCUGUCGCGGUUUUUGACCGGGAUGCGAAAGGGCUCGCACGCCCUGACGUACCUCGACCUCAGGAAGAUGUGGAGCAGCCUGCCCUUCCCUUACAGACAGGUGGAGGUGAACCGUUCGCUCUCCGACCGGUUCCCGACGUCGUGGUCGGUGCACCGCGGACACCACUUCUUCUUGUGGCAUAAGAUACUCCCGUCCUUGGAGGGUGCGUUGCAGCCGCAGCAGUCGGCGACGUCGGAAGAUGGCGAGGUUUUGACGGCCACCGGCGUAUCCGACAGGAGGCGAGACCGACAAGGCCACCCGCUGCAGCCGUUUUGCUCGAAAGGGAUUUCCGGCGUUGACGUUAAUGGGGUGGGUGGGCGCUCCGACAGCUUGCGGAGUGGUUCCUCUGGGUUUAGCCUUGGAGGGUCUUUUUUCGGAGUGGGGCUGGGGGGCGAAGGGAAGGGGCGCCGCGUACGGCAUCCGAAGUUUCGCUUGCCGUUCAUGUCGUGCCUGGGGCUGGGGCGGAGAACGCCUUCAGCAUCGUCGUCGGCGCGGCAAUCUUGCGAGAGGCCACGGGCGGCGCGGGCGGAAGAGGGGCUCGUUGCCGCAGCCGGCGGUGUGGAGGGAAAAGGGUGGGCGAGCCAUCGACGACCGCGGCAACGAGGGCGCCGGGAGGUCACAAGGAGCGCGAGUCGUGGCAGGAGCAGGAGCGUGGAGUGUCAGAUGCCGGUGGCGGCGGCGGCGGCAGCAGCAGCAGCAGCAGCAGCAGCAGCAGCAGCAGGCCGCCACCGCCGCCGCCACCCGGGGGCGGCAGUGUUGGAGAGGGAUAGCUUGAGGGGAGCUGGCGGGGGCAGCGAAGCUAGGAACCGUAAGGGGUCCCCCCCCCCGUGUGGUCAGCGCCAUCGGAGGGAUGACUCACGGCUGCAGUAAGCGACGGCGGUCAUCGCUGCUUGUUCUGGCCGGUGCCGUCUCCGAAAGAACGCCUUCUCGCGACAAUGCUAGCUGGUUGCUUCCUUCAAGGCAAUGCGUAGGGGGCGAGUUGCUGUACUCGCAGAGCUUUUCUUCUUUCGCCGAGCUUUCGUCAGCGUGCGGGGGCGGCGGGGGGGGUGGGGGGGGGACUAGAAUGACGGUUUCAACGCUUGGUGCAGCAUCUCGUUGUUUUCGGUUCAUGAAAUCAACAUCCACGGAUCAAAUACGAAGCGUUUUUUUUUUCAGUCGAUCGCAAGACUGCUGCCCGAUGCCUGUGUUCCUCUAAGACUGGUUCGGUUCAGGAUAACUGAGGUCGGUUGUAGUGUAUGUUGACGCCGGUAGACUGUCGCCUUUGCUGUCGUUGGCAGCAAAGACUUGUUGGCGGUUCCCGGAACAUCUUUGGCUGAGUCCCCCCCCCCCCGCUUCUCCGCGGUGCCGACCCCCUUCUGCUUCGUCAAAAUGUUACAUUUCUGAUUUCGUCAAAAUUUAACGCGUGUUGUUUCGUCAAUAUGAGACACCUUCUAUUUCGUCAGAAUAGUAACCGCCUUGGCGAUGAUGGCUGUAUCGAAAGAGGAUGUUGAGCUGCAAUGGCUUGCGAGGGAGGCCGGAGCACGCGGAUUGGACAAGCGGAAAGACAGUGUUAACGUUAGCGUUGAUGUGUCCAUUGCACGUCAAAAGGUUAAGUUUUACGGCGUGGUUAUGAGGGGAGUUUGAUUGGAGAGGGAAAACUAGCCAGACAUUAGGGAGAAAGAGCCAGCUAGAGGGGAGAGCUUUUAGGUUGCCCCCUUACGCCGACAUCGCAGCGACCCCUGUACGAGCCACCGUACGCGACAAGGCCGUAUGUGUGCUUCGCGAACCCCGUGUUUUUUGCUGGCGAUGUGGCCUUGGGACAGACGAAAAUUUGGCGAGAUUCGUUUGACCUUUGCGCGAAAGCGAGCCCCGCGCUGUUGCCCGGAGGGAGAAACGACCACAUGGCAGAGAGAGGGGUAAGCGGCACGACCCCGGCAGUGCAAACGGUCGAGAUUCCUUGGCGGAGAUUGAUGGAGGAGUCAGAGGGAGGUUAUUUGGUAGCCACGGGGAUAGGCGGGAGAGCGUUGUUUGAAUAGCGGCGUGGAGGGCGGACACAGGAUGGAUUUGCGGCUUGGGUGCUCCGGGUGUCCAGGAGUUGUUUGGAGAGGUGAGGUCCGGUGCUGCGUUUUUUGUCUCUGCUAUCUAGUUACGCGGAUUUAUUAUCACCCCCAUGCUUGGGGGCACCGCUGAUUCCUUGGUUGCCCCCCCCGGAUAUUGGAUUCCUCUGAAGGGGGGGAUGCGAACACCCUUCCGCGACUACGGCGGCGGCGGCGGCGGCGGCGGGGGCGGCUCCUUGUAAGCUGCGCUGCCGUUGCUGGCGUCUUGGCUAUCGACUUAUGUUAUUGAUGCCGCGAGACGGUACCGUGGGUGGGCCCUUGUUGCGGACGUCGUGACCGCGCGGUUCCUGUUCAAUAUUUUCAUGAGUGCUACUGUAUUCUUCUAGCGUUUUCGCCUGUGGCGCGCGUUUUUUUUCCUUUUUUCUCCCCUUUCUUAAAUCUUGCAUUUUUCGUUUGUGUCGUUUCACUUCGUGUGUCGUUGGCGACUUCCGUCAUCCCAUCCUCUAGCUGUAGUCCUGGAGUGGUGUUAUUUUUUUACGCGGCCCGUGACCCCGUGGCCUUUUCCUAUCCGGCUACGAUAUUCGCUGCGUGUGCUGCUUAUUGUUGUCGAUCGGCCUGCGCAUGAAGAGGGAGAGAGAGAGAGAGACGGGCCACAAGAAGUGGCCACCUGUUUUGAUUUGUUGUUUUUCUUUUGGCUGAAAUCACCCGAUGAUGUCACGGCUCUAGUCCUUUCACUUGCUUUCACCUAGACACACGUGUACACUUCGCCUUGAGAAACACAGAGGGCCGGUUUUCAUGUUUCGGUUGUCCCAUUUUUUUUUUUUUUUCGUGUAUGAUAUCGUCUGUCCUUGUAAGUUGAGAAAAGCUGUGUGUGUGGUUGAGUCUCCUUCUCUGAGUAGCGUGUCCCCCCUUCUCCCUCGAAAGAUUGGCUGGAUGCUUUGCCUGGCCAGAAGAGCAAAUUUCGUGGCAGCAGCAGCAGCAGCAGCAGCAGCAGCGGAGGCAGCUUUCGGUGCUGGGUUUGGCGUUCAAGGAGUUGGUACAGUGUUGGCAUGUAACAACGGGGGGCGGCGGGGGGGCAUUACGAUCCCGUAUGUGCCGUGGGUUAACGGCGUGGGGUAUCUACGUCAUAGAAGGGGUAGGGUAGACAAUUCCUGGCUCUUGCAGAGGUUGUGAGUGGCAUCAACUAUUAACAUGAUAACUCGUUGGGAAGGAACGGUCUGUCCCAUGGUCACGUCCCGAGGUAUGGUAAAGUAUGUCAUGUCCCGUUUUUUUUUUUUUCGUGGUGUUGGCGGAAGAACACGCCAGCGGAGGAAGGCCUAUGCCGACGGAGUGCAUACAUAUGUGAGUCUCGUUCGGCGUUUGUCGUUCUUGCUUUUCCAGGAGGACCGGUCGGACCAGGGGCGGAUGGGGGGGGUGUCCAUUGGCAUCUCUCCCCUUGUUUUGUAUGAGCUCUCGUCGUGUGGCUGGCGUAUCGUGUGGUGGUUGCUUGUUUAUUGUCAUCGCAUGUGGCUGUUGUUUAAGUUGAUGCGUUUCCGGAACUUGACCCCCCCCGCCGCUCCGCUCCGAGCCGCUCAAGAAAGGGAACGUUUCACACGCGAUGAUUGAGUUUGUUUCCGAGCUCCUCUGGUGUUGUUCUCGUCGUUCGUAUGGUUGUUGUUGUUGCUGCU